AUGACAGAUACAUUUUUUGAAAUUGGAUUUGAGGGAACAUCAAAUGAAGAUUGUUUAUAUAUAACUAAUAUAAAAAAUAAAAGCAUAUUGGUUUUUGAUAAACAGGAAAUUUAUGGCACAACUUAUAAAGAUUUUAAAGAAUUAAAAAGUAACAAAUUUAUUAAAAAUAUCAAAGUUUAUAAGCAUGAUUCUAAGAUACUUAUUGAAACAGAUCCUAAAUUUUACCGACCAAAUGAUAAGAUUUUGAAUUUGAUUAACAACUCGGAUAGUUCUGGUUUUUGUGAUUUUAUUCCUAUCGAUGAACACUUUCUAAUUUUGGAAAAUGGUAAAUAUUUUAGAAUACCAUAUUCAAAAACUGAUCUUGUUGAUACAACCUUUUUUACAUUUAAAGAUAAGCAUUUAGUUAAUAGGUUUGUUAAAGGGGAGGUUAAUUUUUUAGAAUUAAAUUCUAAACUGAGUGAUAGUUGUAAACAAAUUUUACUUAACGGAAUAGUAGGAAACUGUUCAAAUGCCGAAGACAUGGUACAAGAUUAUCUUAAUAACUUUGGAGGAUAUCCUUAUAUUUAUCCUAAACACGGACACAGAGAUAUUGCAGAGUUAAUUUCAAGAGUUAAUGCAGUUAAUGGUAUAUCUUAUUUAUUAGAUUCUAGCUUAUCUGUUUUCGAAUUCAAAAAAUUAUCAUGCUAUGAUGAUCAACUUAAAUUUAAAGCACUAAAAAAAUCUUUAUCAAAUGCAAAAGUAAAUACAGGCACAUGUUAUCAGCAAAAACCUAAAAUUACAGAAUUUUGUCAUUGUGAAGACAAUAUCGAUCUAUUUGAUAGGUUUAAUACAAAUAAUGAUCCCGAUUCGGAGGAACAGAUUGAUCAUGAAGUCGAUUUUACAGGUACAGUGUUUACUUCCACAAAACAUUGCUGUCAAGUCGAGCAAACAACAAUUCUUCCUUUGUGCCAAGAACAAGAAAUUGAUUGUAAUGAUAAAACAGUAGCUUCUUUUAAUAUAUUAAACAAUAUAACUACUUGUCCAUUACCAGUUUUUUUUCAAGGGGCAGGUUCUAAAAUUAAAGUUGAAGAUAUCACAUUGCGCAACCAGGUUAUUAACUUUACCACUGUGCCAAAUAAGGAUGUAAAAUCUUUAUGUGAUAAUUCCAAAUUUUCGUAUGAUUGUAUAAAAAAUUACAUUGAUGAAAAUUAUAAAUAUUUUAUACAUUCAAAACAUGGGAAUGUUUUUGUAAAGAGAUUGUAUAAAAAAGAGCUAACAGGAACAAAAAAAUUUGUUAGGGUUAUUAAUUUAACUGUUAAAUUAAUUAAAGAUCGAUUUUUUGCAUGGUUUUACAAUGGAUCAGAGUUUUUGCAGGUUUUAAUGAUUGAUUCGAAUUCUCAAUGUUGCAAAAAAGGAACUUUUUUAUUGUAUAUUGUUAAAAAUGAUAGUGAAAUUUCUGAUAGAGAUUUAAAAAUCCUUAAUAUUCAUGAGUGUCAUAUAUUAACAGAUAUUUCAUUUCAGAUUUGGGAUUACAAGCAUAUUUUGUAUGAAUAG